AUGGACAAGGUCGAUUUGGAAGUCGGAGAUAUUGUACUUGCGAUGAGUGACGGGGUUAUCGAUAAUCUUUGGGAGCACGAGAUCGUUGCAAGAAUACUCAAAAGCAUUAAAGAGUGGGAAUCUGGGACACAUGCAGAAGCUCACAAGGGUGAUCGCGCAGGUGGCCGCAACGGUGGAAUGAGAGUUGCGGCUCAAGAUCUAAUGGAGGCAGCCCGGGAAAUCGCCGUAGAUCCUUUCGCCGAGAGUCCAUUCAUGGAGCAUGCGAUCGAAGAGGGUUUAGCAAGCGAGGGUGGUAAACUUGAUGAUAUCAGUGUUGUCGCAGCCCUCUGCGUGAAAAAUGAGGGAUGA